UGUCUCAAUUUCUUUCCUCCAAAAUGCUAAGGAAUACUUUAGAAAACAGUUCAGACUCUAAAAAUGAAGAUGGCUCAGUCUUUUCACAGACUGAACACAAUAUUGUUGCAGCGUACUUGAUCACAGCAGGUAUGAUAAGUAUUCUCAGCAACAUAAUAGUUCUGGGCAUCUUCAUUAAGUACAAGGAACUUCGGACUCCCACAAAUGCAAUUAUCAUUAACCUGGCUGUUACUGAUAUAGGGGUCAGUAGCAUUGGAUAUCCCAUGUCUGCAGCUUCAGAUCUGUAUGGAAGUUGGAAAUUUGGAUAUGCAGGAUGUCAGGUUUAUGCUGGGUUGAAUAUCUUUUUUGGAAUGGCAAGUAUUGGAUUACUCACGGUUGUGGCCAUGGAUCGAUACCUGACUAUCUGCAGUCCUAACACAGGAAGAAGAAUGACCACCAACGCUUACAUCAGCAUGAUUCUGGGGGCCUGGCUCAAUGGUCUCUUUUGGGCUUUGAUGCCUAUCAUAGGGUGGGCUAGCUAUGCCCCAGAUCCUACUGGGGCUACUUGUACCAUAAACUGGAGGAAAAAUGAUAUAUCUUUCAUUUCUUUCACAAUGACAGUUAUUGUGAUAAAUUUUAUUGUACCCUUGACAGUGAUGUUUUACUGCUAUUACCACGUCACUCAAACCAUUAAAUGUCAUAAUACUAGUAACUGCAGUGGAUACCUCAACAGAGAUUGGUCAGAUCAGGUAGAUGUGACAAAGAUGUCUGUGAUAAUGAUAUGUAUGUUUCUGGUGGCAUGGUCCCCUUAUUCCAUCGUGUGCUUAUGGGCUUCUUUUGGUGACCCAAAGAAGAUCCCUCCCUCAAUGGCCAUCAUAGCUCCACUAUUUGCAAAAUCUUCUACAUUCUACAAUCCCUGUAUUUAUGUGGUUGCUAAUAAAAAAUUUCGGAAGGCGAUGUUUGCCAUGUUCAAAUGUCAGAGUCACCAAGCUAUGCCCGUGACAAGCAUUUUACCAAUGGAUGUAUCUCAAAACCCACUGACUUCUGGAAGAAAGUAA